GGAAACCAUUUGGAACCUCCGUGUGGCCUUCCUCCAGGAGAGAGUUAUCAACCAAUGGGAAUCCUUCACCAUAUGGAAUGCUGGGAAACAGGGCCGGAAACUAUACCGCUGCCUCAGUUCCUUCAGUCAGAAGAAGGUUCGAGCGUUCUGCGACGUGGAUGUGAAUAAGAUCAAGAAAGGCUUCUACACCUAUGAGGAGUCCAAGGAGAGGCCCAAGCCUCAUAUCCCUGUACUGCACUACAGAGAUGCCUCUCCACCCUACAUCAUCUGUGUCAAGCUGGACAUGACCGGAGGAGUGUUUGAGGAAAAGUCUCUCCAUCUGAAGAAGUCUCUCCAUCUUGAAGAGUCUCUCCAUCUUGAAGAGUGGACUACUACCACUUCAACUAACACUCUGAGAUGUAGAGACGAUGGGAUGGAGAGACAGAGGGCGGGGGGGGGGUCUGGUAGAUGGUGA